ACAGUGACCACCUGUCAGAAUGGAGUCUCGAGUGAUUUUUGUUUAUCUGUUUGUUACAGUCGUCGUCUGCGGAGUGCAAGGACAAGUAGCGUCACUCUGCAAGCCAUUCGAGAAGCUUCAAGUGUGCGGCUGUCCACGUACGUGCCGGGACCCAGCACCGGACUGCAAGGCCGUCUGCCGGCCUGGCUGCUUCUGUGAAGAGGGACAGGUUCGAGAUGAUGAAGGAAACUGCAUCAAACUGGCUGACUGUCCUCCUAUUUUAGCAGCCUAUAAACAAGAUACAACGGAGCCCCGUCCCAACGGGGGCCGGUGUCCAGACAAUGAGGAGUACAGGUUCUGUGAGCCCUGCCACAAGACCUGUGAAAACCCCAACCCUAUCUGUCCUGCACAGUGCGCAAGGGGAUGUUUCUGCAAAGAUGGGCUACUACGGGACAAAGAUGGCACCUGUGUUCCUAAGGACAAAUGUUCUAAUAAAAUUCCAGACCCAAAGCCAAUUCAAUACCAGAUGACCUGCAGUGAGCACCAGGUCUACAAGCGCUGUGAGACCUGUGCCAAGACCUGCAGUAACCCAAACCCUAAAUGUCCAACCCCUUGUGCCAUGGGGUGCUUCUGUGAAGAAGGUUACGUCCAGUCCCCCAAUGGCCAAUGCGUCAAGUUAGAAGACUGUCCAAAAGCUGAAGUAAUGGUGGGUCCAAUAGCCCAUGAUUAUCAAGAGCCUUCAAUCGAGGACUGUGCCCCUGAUGAGGAGUACUUCUCCUGCGGCUGGUGUGAACCAAGCUGUUCCAACCCAUCGCCAUCCUGCCCCAUCAAAGUGUGCACUCGAGGAUGUCUCUGCCGACCUCAUUUGCUAAGGCACCAUAGUGGACACUGCGUUGAAGCUAAGGAUUGCUAUCCACAGAAAUGCAAAGCUCUAAAUGAGGAGUACGUCUGCCGCUACGGCUGUGAGCUUCGCUGCGACACCCGCGCCUGUAAACGACCAAGGACUUGUGUGCUGGGCUGCCACUGCAAGAUAGGGCUUCUAAGAGACACCGCCACCGGAGUUUGUGUCACCAGGGACAAAUGCAGCAACAAUAUUGACAGGACCAAUAGGACUGUUGAUUUUAAGAAUUAA